AUGCCAUCGCACCGACUGACGAACCUUGGUGACAGAGGCGAAGAAGACAGUAGAGUAUCUCAAGGUAAUCAUGGGUUCGACUGGCCAAUUUCUGUAGCGACCCCAAAAAUUGAGAGCGAAGACCAUAAAGACGUAUACAGUCAAAACAACACUGGGUCAGCACCAGAAGCUGCUGUUAAUGUGAUUCUUUCUGAGUCCGUCAACAAUAAAUCUAGCAAUCUUCAGAAGACUUCCGGUACGACUGCAUAUGUAUUUGUGAGUUUAGGAGAAAAAACAAAAAUUCACACUCUUCGAGAAAUAGAACUUGAACUUCGCGUAAGGAGUGCCAACUACGAGAGUGAUAGCGAUAUGACUGGUUACUACAAGUUACUAGAAAUGGUCGGCAUAAAGCUUGACAGGAGCGUCUCCCCCAUCUUAAAUCAAGCUAACCAUCUAAAAGAUGUUCAGUCUACAGACCCUUUAAAUAACGAGGAAAUUGAAAAGUUGACCCAUAAUGGAACACCAGUUGCCUCAAAAUCCCGCACUGAGGACGAUAUCAAGGCAAAGUACCCAGAAGGUUCACCCAUAAUACCAGCUCUCGAAGAAAAACUCCCAGCUCAUGUCCCACAGCACGUUUUCCCGCCCGAAAACCUCGGAAAUAACGUUUGUUUUCCCGUUAUACUAACCAUCUUUAGGCUUUCCGAUGGAUUCGUGCAAUUACAAAAUGCGGAAAACUCGUAUUCCUGUCAGGCACUGCCUUUUCAGGUCAACAUGAACUUUCCAACCACUGCCGGAUAUAAUCGCCUGUACGAUCGCUUCUUCCCCUCUCUAGCUUUCCCCAAUCCCAACAAGCUGCUUAGUCGUCCUCAUCUUCAACCUUUUAUCAUGCAAAAACUCCUUCAACAGCAAAACCUUGCCAAAUUUGGAUACCUGGCGGACUCUGCACUCAACCUGCUGCAGUGGAGGAAUUUCCAGAAUAUGAUGGCGGGUUAUUCACCGGUGCCAGAAUUCCAGCAGUUCUCUAACUCCAAUUGCACAACCUACAGCCCUGCGAACGGAGCGGCUGUGUGUACGAGCCCGGGGCCGAUGGGCACUAAUCCCCAGGACUACCGACAGCAAAUACAGCAGGAGGAAGGACAUCAAUCUUUUGGGGGCUGA